AUGUUACAAGCAAAUCUUUCCAGAGUAACUGAAUUCAUUCUUGAUGGGUUAACAGACAAACCAGAGCUUCAGCUGCCUCUCUUCCUCCUCUUUCUAGGAAUCUAUGUGGCCACAGUGGUGGGAAAUCUGGGCAUGAUCACCCUGAUACAAUUCAGUUCUCACUUGCACACACCCAUGUACUUCUUCAUCAGCAGUCUGUCCUUAAUUGACCUCUGCCAGUCUACUGUGAUUACCCCCAAAAUGCUAGUGAACUUUGUAACAGUGAAGAACAUCAUCUCCUACCCUGAAUGCAUGACUCAGCUCUACUUCUUUAUUGUUUUUGCAAUUGCAGAGGCUCACUUGCUGGCAGCAAUGGCUUAUGAUCGCUAUGUUGCCAUCUGCAACCCAUUAUUUUACAAUAUUAAAAUGUCCUAUCAAGUCUGUUUCUGGAUGAUAUUUGGAGUGUAUGGUAUUAGUUUGAUUGGUGCCACAACUCACAUAGUCUGCAUGCUAAGAGUGCAUUUCUGUAAGGCUGAUGUAAUAAACCACUACUUCUGUGAUCUUUUUCCACUCUUGGAGCUCUCUUGUUCUGAUACUUUUAUCAAUGAAUUAGUAGUUUUAUGUCUUAGUGCUUUUAAUAUCAUUUUACCUCCACUGAGUAUCCUGAGUUCUUACAUCUUCAUCAUUGUGAGCAUCUUCAGGAUUAAAUCCACAGAAGGCAGGUCCAAAGCCUUCAGCACCUGCAGCUCACACAUGUCAGCUGUUGCUGUCUUCUUUGGGUCUGCUGCAUUCAUGUACCUGCAGCCAUCAUCAGUCAGCUCCAUGGACCAAGGGAAAGUGUCCUCUGUGUUUUAUACUAUUAUUGUUCCAAUGCUGAACCCAUUGAUCUACAGCCUGAGAAAUAAAGAUGUCAAGCUUGCCCUAAAGAAGCUGAAUGAAAAAAUUUUCUCAUGA